UUCUCUAAGCGCGUAGAUCGAAGUGACCGAACGCACGCAGACGCGUGGAGAGAGAUCGCGCGCGCGCGUGCCUACGCCGCUACGGUCCGCUCGUCCACUCACGCGCACUUCAUCACCUAAACCCGGUUGCCGUACACGACGCUACGUGGACCGACCGUGCACUCGCUGACGGACACCUCUGCGCCUGUUCACCGAGAAACGAGUUUGCAAAGAGCUCCGGUGGCUGGUUGCCGUGAUGUCAUCGGACUCUAACGUGAUGUUACAGGGUGGCCUUCGACAGCAGCAGCGGAUGAAACCGCCGCUCAGAAACAUGGAUGCCGCAAAACGUGAAUCACUCAUCAAAAACCGCGACGAGAUAGUCGAGAGGACGCAGCCCCACCUGGCGGCGAUUCUCGCGCGGCUGCUGGAGGAAGGCGUCGUAGGGCAACACAUCUAUGACAUCAUCAGCGCCAAGCCGACGCCGGCCGAGCGAGCAGCUAAGCUCGUGCACAUACUACUCGAGAAGGACAACCGAACAUACGACGUGUUCGCGAGCGCACUGCACAACAACGACCUCGCAGAUCUCGCUCGCAAGAUGGCCGCCACGGCGUUCGAAAUCGAGACGGACCUCCCGGCGAACCUCCAUGCCGUCGAGUUGCACAUCGAGGAGAAGACGCUGCGGAUACUCGAGGGGAAGCUGGAGGGCAGGCCGCACUCGCGGGGAGGAGGGGACUCGGUGAUCGAAGCGGCGCUGCAUCGCGGCAAGGUGCCGCCAGCGGCGCACUAUCUCAGCAGCCCGCCGGCCGAGAUCAAAGACCUCCUGCAGAAGAUAGUUGUCGGCAUCGGGAAGCUGCGUAACAGACGCACGCCGGGAUUCACGCUCGUUUACGGCGACGUCGAGACGAAGUCCGAGUCGGACCUGACGGCGGCGGCGAUGCACGUGCCCGAGCUGUGGCAGACAACCGCCGACGGGCAGGCGGACUUUCCGAGUGACGUCAUCUGGCAGAAGAUCGACAUAGUUCGCGACGACGCCGAGCUGUUUCUGAAGACGAAGACGAUUCUGUCGAGACUGGAUGAGAAGUACAAGCAUCACAGGCAGCCGACGUGUCUCGCGGACGCUCACAUCGCCCUCCAGCAGGUUCUCACCAACAACCCGCAUUGUCUGCUCAUUCUCGAGGACGUCAGGUCGUUCAAGGUCAUCGAGCAUUUCAACGUACAUCCGCGCACCCUGGUGACGACCCACGAUAAACAGCUGGUCGACAGAGUCAAGCAGGAUCUAACGUCGGCGCUCGUCGACCUGGUGUACGUCGGCACGAGUAGCACGACGUACGUGCCAAACUUCCGCGACUCCGUCUUCCGGCGAUCGGCGGGACCUAUGGACGCGGGAGGCAGCGCCAACAACGGCAGCUUCGUAGCACACGAUGAUUCUACUGAGGAGCCGACGUUUGCAGUACAGCCGAUAGAGACAGACGCACUGCGGACCACGCCCAAGCUCCGACCCGACGCUAACUACCGUCUGCACAUCGCCCACGAGAUUGUCUACGUCACACCCGCAGCGACACCCAACGCCAUCUUGUACCAAUGGCGCUACGAAUGCAUACGAGAAUACAGUUCCAGACCAGCGAUGUUUUAUUUCAAAUCGAUAGAUGGCAGAGAAGAACGACAAUUCAGGUUUAAGACGGAGCCGGGGAAAGGAAAGGAACUGCACGAGAAGAUGCGAAUUGCCGCUAGACGGCGCAUGGAGGAACUCUCGCAACGAUAACAGUGAAAUACGGACUAUGCGCGUGCGGCGUAUCUAUGACAAAUACGACAUACGCAUAUACGCUCUCCUAUUGUCAUAGGAAGAUUCUUCCUAUGACAAAUAUUGUUGUAUGUGUCGUGCGCAUCAUAGGAGUUUAGGAGCGCUAUUAUGAAUGCAAGCAGUGAAUUUCAGCUGUAAAGCGGAACGAAGUUGACUCGCCAAUAUUUGUCAUAGGAAGAAUCUUCCUAUGACAAAUAGUGUCAUAGGAGAGCGUAUAUGCGUAUGUCGUAUUUGUCAUAGAUGCAAGCAGAACAUGUUGGCGUAGCAUACCUCGACACAGGCACCUAGUCGACUACAGAAAUACAUGUCAACGACAUAACAGGAAGUUUUACAUAUUAUAGAGAUAUAUCAUAUAUAGCGAAUAACACCUUAAAAUAUUAUCAUGUAUCAUAUAGCAAAUGUGUUACGUGUACAUCAGUAAUGGGUUAUAGAUCUUCAAUAAAUGUUAUUUUAUAUAGAAAAUAUGAACGUUA